AUGACUUCUCCAAUAAUUCAAAAAGGUAUUGUGACUGCAUGCAAGAUAGAAACAGUUAAAGCUAUUCUCGAGGAACUAAAUGGUGACUACUUUGCCUUACUAGUUGAUGAAUCUUUUGAUAUUUCACGCAAGGAGAAAAUGGCUAUUGUAUUACGAUAUGUUGAUAGAAUGGGAUUUGUGAUGGUGCGACUUAUUGACAUUAUUCAAGAUACUAGUGCAUUAUCCUUGAAAGAGACAAUUAUUAAUUUACUUGCUCAACAUUCUUUGAGUCCAUCACGUGUGCGUGGACGAUGUUACGAUGGGGCAAGCAAUAUGCAAGGUGAGCGUAUGAAUGAUUUACGAGAUUCUCAAAAAGCAGCAAUUCAAGAUGCAUUAGAUAUGGGUGAACUGACAAUCGUUCUUGAAUCACUUGCUCUUGAUGCACGAAGUAUGGAUGAAAGAGCCAAGGCAAUAAAGGAGCAAGAUGUUGCAAAUGCCAUGCUACUUGUUGAAGUAGCAAAGAAAAGGUUGCAAGUUUUAAGGGAUGAUGAAUGGAAUUCUCUUAUUGCUAAGCUUAAUGAUCGUUUUAAUGAGGUAUCUACUGAUUUGCUCCAUGGAAUUGCUUGUUUGAAUCCAAUUAACUCGAUUUCAAGUUUUGACAACGAAAAAUAA